UUGAUCGUGUUAAACAAAGCAGUCAAAGCUCAUUAAAUCAUAAAGAUGUAUGUGCUUAAACAGCAAAAUUCGUUAAUAUUUGAAAUGAAUGAAAACAGAAGGUCGAAUAUUGAUUAAUACUGUGAAAUUAAAGGAAUUUGAAUUCUGGCUAGAAUACUAAGAUGAAAUUUUGCACUGGGCUAUUUUCUUUCCUGGUAUUACAUUAUGGGACAAUGUUUGUAUUGUGCAUGUCUGAUACCACACACAUUGCACCGUCGUUGGAUUUCAAGAUAAGUGGAAAUAUUAAAACCUUCAGCUAUGGAUGUUCUUCAAAUCGAAAAUGCAUAUGUUUAGAUUUAAGUGAAGGAAUCUUAGCCGACUGCUCUACCUUAGGAUUAACCAGAUCCCCACAUUUCCAGGAAGGCGUUGUGUCGGUAAAUCUUAGUUUUAAUUUGCUCAUCCAUCUUCCCAAUGAAGGAUAUCUUCCGACAACGCUAAAAUAUCUAGAUUUAACGAAAAAUAAAAUUUCAAAAUUCAAUAAUGACGAAUUGGUUCCAUUUUCUACUGUACACAAUAUUAUCAGCUUAAAUUUAUCCAGCAAUUUCUUAUCACUAGAUGCUGAUACGUAUUACACUGGCGUGUUUCAAAAUCUGAAAUAUUUACAAUAUUUAGAUGUUUCAAACAAUUCCAAUGCCAAUAAAAGUUAUUAUUGUCCAGAUAAAGUAUUUCAAGAACUUUCCUCUCUUCAAAGUCUAUUGAUCGACGGAGUUCAAAAUGUAACGUUUGGCAAAGGAUUUUCUACUCUGACACAUCUCAAAUUGUUGAGAAUAACUGGAAUUGCUGUUAAAAGGAUCAUAAAUAGAGAAUACUUUGACAAUUUCCCCAAUCUUGAACACCUUGAUUUGUCAGCUACAUCAGAAUGGCGCAACAUAAGCGAUUUUGCACUUACAAAUUUUGAAAAAGGUGCUCUUCAAAAACUUACAAAACUGCAGUAUUUAGACAUCUCAUACCAUCGGAAACUUCGAAUGUGUGGAUUUAGAAAUGUUACGAGUGAUCUUCCAAAAACUUCAAUACGCAUACUGAAAGCCAAUUAUCUGGAAUGUGAAAGAUCAGUAAGUACCGUUUUAUUCGUCGAGGAUAUCAAAUCCUUGAAUAAUACAAAGCUAGAGGAACUAUACCUCGAUGGAAAUAAUUUAGAAGAAACAGAUUACCUAGUGCCACGUCAUUUACCACAGUCUUUGAAUUAUUUCAGCGCCAGAGAUAAUAGAUGGGUAAUUAAUAGAUACGCAUACUUUAAUAUUGUUGGCUUGACAGGAAUUAAAACAGUUGAUUUAAGCUUUCAAAAUAAACACCAGUUUUCGCAGUCAAAGAACGCCUGGCUUUGUAGUGAAGUAUUCCAUGAAACUACUCAUUGCAUUUGUGAUAGAGUUCCAGAUUUCGUCAAUGAAUCAUCAUUUCUUAUCGGGGGUCUACAUAAAGACAUUUUACGAGCAUCUAAAAAAAAUGACAAGUUCCCAUUUAUAACAUCGUGUAUUCCUUAUGACGCCACAUUUUUUGAACUUGCCCUUAUUCCUGUUAAAACAGAAACGAUAAUUAUAGAAAGUGCGAAAGUGGGAGAAAAUUUUCCACCUAUUUAUUUUAGUACAUCUUCUGUGAAGAAAAUAUCAUUGCGGAACAAUCAAAUUUAUUCAUUUACAGGGCCAAUAUGUAACUUAACCGAACUCCAAUACUUGGAUUUGUCCAGUAACAGAGCUGUUGAUAUAUCCAGUUAUGUGUUUGGUUCCCUUAUAGGUCUCAAACAUUUAGAAAUCGAUAAUAAUCUUCUGGGUAAUUCCAAAAUUUUUCAUAUGAACAAAUCUGUUUUUAUUUUUGAAAAUCAAACGAAUUUAAUGUUUCUCAAUAUGUCGUCAAAUCGACUAUCCAUUUUAUUCCGGAAUUUUCUGUUCAGUUCAUCAAAACUAAAUACUAUUUUAAUGGAUCACAAUUUACUUACGGACUGGAAUAUUUCUAUUCAUCAAAUGAAAGACCUACAAUUCAUAGAUAUAAGUUGGAAUGAGAUAUUAUAUUUGUCUAGUGAAGGAAUGAAUUUACUCGAAAAUGCAUUUCCUUUGAAUACCACCAUCGAUAUGUCAAACAAUCCUUUUGAGUGUUCAUGUAAUUCAAUAUAUUUUUUGCAAUGGCUUCAGUUGCACAAUAAGCAUUUUAAAGGCUUUGAUGAUUAUUCAUGCACGUAUUUACAUAAGUCUUUUGAUAUACUAAAGGCAAACAUCUAUUUGAAAAAGGAUUGUUAUUCCUAUGUUGGAGUGAUUGUUUCAGCGGCGAUUGGAAUAAUAGUCUUUCUAGCAGUUAUUUCUUCUAUGAUAAUUUAUCAAUAUCGAUGGAAACUGCGUUACUGGUAUUAUAUCUUCAAGGGAGCCUACGGAGGCGAUCGUGUAAAGACUGAAUGCAAUUUUCAAUUCGAUGUUUUUGUAUCAUACGCGGAAAAAGACAGAUGGUUUCCAAAAGACUACAUGAUAGAAUUUCUCGAGAAACAGGGAGCAUUGCGCUUGUGCAUUCAUGAUAGAGACUUUAUCGCAGGAAGUGCCAUUGCCGAAAAUAUAACAAAUGCUAUUCACAACAGCCGAAAAUUUGUUUGUAUUCUCACAAAUAACUUUCUCAAGUCAAAAUGGUGUAUGUAUGAAUUUAAUAUGGCGCUAGAAGAUAUUGUGGUGACAAGACAGGGAAGAAAUAAUAUAAUAAUUGUUCAGCUAUCGAGCACAGAUGUCAGAAAUAUUCCUCGCGAAAUGAGGUAUAUAUUGAACGAAGACACAUACAUUGAUUAUCCAGAGGAUGAGGGAGACAGGGUAAUCUUUUGGGAAAGUUUUGAGAGAGAUUUGAAGUUUUAGUUUCAUAAAAUUAGGUACAAAGACGUUUUAAUUUGAAAGCUAACAUAUAGUUUUCGGAAGGUAUUUCGUGUUUUAAUAAGAAAUGAGUUCUUUGAAUUUAAAUUAGUUUCUUAUGUUUUCAUUGUAUAGUUUGAAUAAAAAUUAUUAUAUAAA